GCGUCGGGCUCUUUCAGGGCGCGCGAUUUGGCCAUGCUUUCGUCCAGCAGCAAGAGGAACAAGUCGUGUUUUCCUUGCUUCUUGCUGGCACUCGCCGUGUUUCUGCUUUCCUCGAAACCUACCGCUGCCGCCCCGACACCGCCCCUCCCGACCUUCCAACCUUCGUGUCUAUGAAUUGCGAAAGCAUCGUACUACAAGUAGUAAUUGCAUUACAAAUUACCUCAGCAUGACAAAUGGAAUUUGUCAUGCUGUUUUACCUUCAGGACAAGAUUUGUCAUGCAUAAUUGCAAUUAGUACGAGUGCGAUACUUUUGCACAGGAUAGUGUCACAGCUGCACGAAUGGGGAUGUGUACAACGUUAUCCGCAGUAAUUUCCCCGUACUAUGUACAAAUGCUGUUUCUGCAUGAGAAAACUUGCCUUCAGUCGUAUUCUAGCAUGACAGGUUGCUCACUACAAGUUAGCGAAAUUUGUGAUGCAUUUUGUACAACAUGUACUGGAAAUUUGUAUUGCAUAAACGUGUAUAGCCAAAAAUGCGAGUUCCAGCCCUCCCUCUUCACGGAAACCAGCGAUUUCUACCUAUCCUGUGCAAAAGUAUCGUACUCGUAAUCGUAUUGCCAUCAUGCAUAACAAAUCCUGUUUUUAAGGUAAUUCCGCAUUACAAAUUCUAUAUCUCAUGCUGAGGACGAAAUUUGUAAUGCAUUUGUACGAGUACGAUACUUUUGCAAAGCAUACUACCAAACGCCGAACAACAGCUCGUGUCAAACCGCAUUAGGCACUGGGGCGAUCAGCUUGCAAGAAAUCCUGCGCCAGCAGACCGAAUCGAGGCUGAGCGAGCAACAGUUAACGCAAACCUAUGAGACGAACAGUACCAGUCCAGUGCUGUCCCCGAAAUCCAUCACAGUACUCGCAGGUACGACGAUUCAAGAAUUUGACGGGGAAUGCACGUCCUACCCGGACAGCAUCGCUUAUGGAGUUCUCAAACGUUAUAUCCUUUACCGUUACAUGAAUUUGUAAUGCAAGAAUGGCAAAAGACAAAGAACGGAGGUUGCACCUGCAGCAUUACAAAUUCCGCACAGAUUUAGGUGCUGCGUAGCCUUUCCAACAUUUGUCAUGCGAAGACGCUUCACUGUGUGGAUGUUCAUGCUCAUUUUGCAUGACAAAUCGAAAUAAUGUAACAGUUGAGAGCGUAACGUUUGAGAACGCCAUAUCGCUGAUUGUGCCAAACUGGACAGCUACAGUAAUAAAUACAGCUCGCAGAACUCGAUCAGCUUCGCGAAUCCGGUUUCCCUGGCGAAGGACAGCUAUGGAAACAUCUUCGUCGCGGACAGCAACAAUAACCGUGUCCGGAUGCUGACCUGGUCGAAAGUGGUCGUAACAAUCGUGAACUUAUCCGGGUUUCGCGGGUUCCAGGGCGAUUCCGGGCCGAGCCAGAUCGCGUGGCUGCGGGGGCCGGAAUCUGUAGCGGUGGACUCGCUAAACUGUGUAUUGAUUUCGGAUUUUGGGAACCAAAGGGUGAGACGGGUGUUCAUGAACGCGGCUAGCAGUUGGAAAAGGAAACUUGGGGGAUUUUGGGGUUGGGUGUGGUUACUCUAUAAAGGGUGGACGAAUUCAGUAUCGAUACAACUGAAGAUUUGCAUCGCAGGUCGUGGUGUGCAGAUGACACUGAGUCUACAGCCUAAAAUUCGCAUGGCAAAUAACUACACCAUCAACCUCUACCCCCCGAUUCUUUCCUUCCAUACCCGCUACCCCCAAACGCACCUACACCUCCCCGACCGCAACCACCGUCGCAACCGAUGCAGAAACCGCCGCGGCCGCGUAUCAAGACAGGCUGCGGUCGCUACCGCAAACCAGAAUCCCAACGACGAUCCAAACCAUCGUUGGCUCGGGCGUCCGUGGGUCCGGCUGCGCCGCGUCGAUUUCUAGUACAUCGGAGAUCUGCGACCCGUUGACCGCGAGACUUCGCUACCCGAGGGGGAUUGCUGUAGACAGCGCCGACACGCUGUUUUUGAUUGAUUCGGGGAACCACGUGGUCCGGAAAAUUUCCGGAUUGAAUUCCACUUCCGGUUUUUACACCACCUUCGAAACGAUCAUCGGGUCCAAAUCCCGCCCCGCGUACUACCCAAAUCUUCACUACAGCAGCUCGGUCGCGGUGGCGUACCAAGGGCUGUUUGACCUAGAUCCAAUGCCGUACUCCGAUGCGAACAGUGGGGAGUAUUCGGCGGAAGUACAAUUGUCAGAAGGUGUGACGAAUUUGGUCGUGGACAGCAACGAUCAUUUGUUUCUCCUCGAUUCGGGCGGAAAUCGGGUGUUGUUUGUGCCGAAACAACGGAUUGACGGAACGACGGUGACAAGUAGUUCUAGUACUGGAUUAAAAUCCUACGGCGGCAAAUUCGGACAGCUUUUAGACCACUAUCGGAACCACUUUGUCUUGCACUUCGGGAUAUGAACUGCAAAAGUAUCAUACUCGUCGUAUAAAUGCAUUACAAAUUUUCUCAGCAUGAGAAAUAAAAUUUGUAAUGCUGAUUUGCCUUGACAAAGAAAUUUGUAAUGCAAGACCUGCAUUUAAAUUUAUACGAGUGCGAUACUUUUGCACAGCAUACGGGAAGACGGCUAGUAAUUUUACGGAGGUUUCGCUCGAUCCGUUUUCGUAUAGCAGCCGGUAUUCCAUGACGGUCGAGGAGCAGUUGGCUUCACUGCAGUUGGAGAACGUGGUCAGUAGUGGUACAGCGACAACUUCCGGCUCAUCCGCAACAGCCUCUUCCACGACCUCCGGCGCCGACUCAAACGCCGACUACCUCCCGAUUCUCCCCAUCACGGCGAAAUCGACGCCGGAAUUGAACCCAGGAGUAACGACUAAUUUUAUCAACACGACCACAAAGACCGACUACCAGUUCGCCUACUGGACGCUCGGACCCCGCAUUUUGGACAGCGCGAACCGGAUUUUCGACCAAAAAGCGUUGAACCAGGAGAACAAGCAGCUGCACCAACCGGUGGGAAUGUGCCUGGACAUGACGGAAAAAAGGGGGUUUGUGUUGGAUUUCGGAAAAGAGGGGGAGAGUGUCAUCGAGUGGAAAUCGAUGCCGACGGGCGAAGUGGGGAGGGAUUUGAGCCUGCUGAAUAAGCCGAAGAUGAUUUUUGGUGGCACUUCUACCUCUAGUAGUGGUGCACAAUCAUCCACGCAAACCACCACCUCCACGAUCCUACCCUACCGGCGAGAUCUCUUCUCUUCCAUCGGAUCCUCUGCUUAUCGUGAGCUGAAAGACGCAGCGCCGAUCUCCGCAGUUCUAAAAUACCCGGUUUCUGUCGGAGUUACGGGCACUGAUUUGGCGAAUUUAGUCGAAAACGUGAACUCGUUAGCCGGUGCAGGGUCGGCAACCACAGCAGUUACGUCGAACACCAUCCCGAGGUUGUCGAAAAGUUUGGAAAAGGAGAAAAUCACGGGGGACUACUUGCAGUCGUAUUUAGCCGUAAGUCCUACGAACCACACGCUAUCUCCUCACUACAGCCAAGGAUUAGAACUCCAGGGCUUGACGAACAGUUUUUCAACAUCCUCGACGACGUCUCAAAAACAUGUUUUAACAGGCAGUCAGAUUCUCGGGGGACUAGAAAACGCGGUGUGCGACUGUAUCUGCCCGUUUGAACUGAUGCAGCUGCAUGUCGGCCCGGCACAACAACCAAAUUUGGACGAGAAUCAGCUCUAUUGUUUCUCCGUGCCACACCAGACAUCUGCGGAUUUUAACAACAUUAUCGCCUGCCCGGACCGGAAAAACCCUUCGGCACAACUGUUCAACAGUUCUUCGAGUGUGACCUUGCAAUUUGCGUACGAGAACUACUGCAAAUUAAUUACGCAAAUUCCGGUUUGGAACAACACGGCUGGUGGUGCAAAUGGCGGCUACGCGACGUUUACGACGUUUGCAACCAAAACGGACUUCCAGAACUGGGUGGCAGCGACGGCAAAUUCAGUGGUGAGGUCGAUAAUUAUCGACGCAGUGCAGGGGGUUGCGUUGCCCAAACCGGUGGAGGUGUCGGGGAUAGCGGUAUAAUACAAAUACAUAGUGCUACCGCAAUUUUCUUUUUUUUCUCAUGCGUGAGAAGCAGAAUGGUUGGGCCUUGUCGUGCACAGAGCACUAUGCGCAGAGCAUGAGCACUACUUAGCUUGUUUUACCAGCUACAAAACGCAAAAUGUUGAUAAUGUACUGUAAAAUUCAGGUUGCCGACUGUUCCGACCUCUGUGACGCCGACAUCAAUUGUCGGGGUUUCCAUGGUUCUCACUACUUCACCAGCGCCACGGAUGGGAUGUUCGUGUCCAACUGUGUCUUACUCGAAGCUACUACGCCCUAUCACGUCUACGCGUACACGAGUCGUCCGACAUCCGUACUGGAGGCGGAUUAUGCAAUGCAAAAGUAUCGUACUACGUAUAAAUCGCAUGACAAAUUUGCUCAGCAUGAGAAAUAAAAUUUGUUAUGCUGUUUGACCUUGGAAAGGAGAUUUGUGAUGCAUGAUUGCAAUUACUACGAGACGAGUGCGAUGGUUUUGCACUGGAUACGGAUUUCGACGCUACAAAGUGGUCUUUCCCGCUCAUCGCAGUGUCCCCCUACACCACCUCCGUGUGGCGUAUGAGAGUGCACAAGAUCUCCCCCUUGUUCGCCUCAUCUGUGAUGCAGAAUCCCAAAUCCAGUUGCUGCCCUGUAGCAUGUUUGCAUGACAAAUUUUGGAAGAAUCCGAAGCAGCACUACUACAGUCGGUUCAUCACGUAUGAGCUUGUCAUGCACAGCAUACACGUGUGUUGGUGUCUGCAUUGCUGUUCAUGCCUUAGUACAAAUCAGGGGGGAGGGGGAGUUGUGCACUUUCAUAUGGCGCGAUCUCUCCCAAACCGCGACAGCCGCGACCGCGAACGAUUACUCCUUCGACUUACUGCUUCAUGAUUCAACGAGUCAGCUCCAACUCCCGGAAUCCGCCGUUUCGCUCGAUAUCAAAUGCAAAUAUGUCUGGGUCUGGAAGAUCAAGAUUGCAACUUGUCAUGCUACAUCCGAAGCGUGCAAAAAUUUGUGUUGCAUGAGCGCCAAAAGCUGUCCACUUUCGACGAAGUUGGGAGGGAGUUUCCCAUGCAGGAUAGGCAUGACAGAGACCUCGCAGAGUCUGUCAUGCUAGGUCCCGCAUUCCAGACCUCAUGGGUCAUGGAAAAUAUGCAUGACAAGGCUGUAAUAUUCUUCCGGACCCAGACAUUUAUGCAUUUGAUACUAGACCUAGUCGAGCAGUACUGUGGGACCACCGCGGUGAUCAACAACAACGAUACCGAUGCGAAUUUUCGCUCCGGGUACCGGAAAUUCGCGCCGAAAAUUUACAAGACGAGGACGAGCUCCGGGUGCGCUUAUAACAUCAUCGGGUGUAAGCAACUGUGUCACGCGAUCAGCUCCUGUAAGGCCAUCGCCUACCCGGGAUGUUUCUUACUCCAGAAAGAAAUCGCUGGGUUCCCGGAUACCAGUGGCACAACGGUAACGAACGCGAACUACAAUAAGUUCCAACCAGAAAUAUCCUCUGGCCUGAUCAACAGCCGCCAAUCCGCCGUGACCGAAAGCACCUUCCCCGCAACGUAUCUCAAACCGGGAAGAAGUCUAGCGUCGAUUGUCACGCAGACCAGCGAGGGAAUCGGCGGCGCGAAGGGGGGCGCGGGGAGUCGGGAGUUUGAACCGUUUGACGAUCUGACGAACAACAAACUGCUCGCGCCGACCAGUUAUGAAUUGCAAAAGCAUCGUACUAGUUCUAGUAUGAAUUGCAUUACAAAUUUCCUCAGCAUGAGAAAUGGAAUCUGUAAUGCUGAUUGACGUUAGGAAAGAGAUUUGUAAUGCAAAACUGCAAUUACUACGACUAGUACGAUACUUUUGUACUGGAUACCAGUUGUAUCGUGAACGACACGGACGUUUUGAUAACUGACGCGACUUCCCACACCGUGAAGAAGAUCGGGAUUGAACGACUGACCGCGAGUUGUGGGAAUCUGACGAAUUUGUUUUCCACGAGCGAUAUUUUCAAUUGGGCGAAACUCGCGCAGAAGGUACAGGGAACGUGCUCCAGUGGAGCUUUACAAGCGAAUCUUCCGUACGACUACUUCUCGUUAACCAGAAUGGAUCUGUUCAUGAGACAAGCGGAAGUGACGGUGGUGGGAGCGGCUGCUACAGCAACUGCUGCAGAAGGGGCAGCCGCUGGAGAAGGCGCCGCUGCAGGAGCAGCUACUCCGCUAGCAGCAACCCCCGCCGCGAACCCGUUCAAAGUGCUGCAAACGGAAUUACUAAUUGACAACAGUGUGAGAAGCAACACGAAGAUACAGCAAAUAUCUUCAGUCCCCGCAACUACAGCAGAGAGUUUGGUGAAACAAACCAGGUUUUCCUUCGCGAAUCUACUCUGCUACCACCCUUUGAUUCCCGAAACGGUUUUCUCGAGAAUACCAGCAACGCCGGAUCCUUUGACAAGUGCGGAAAAUACGACUUUGCUACUCGAGCAAGACGAUUCGGAUAAUUUCAACAACCCGUAUUUGGAUCUGAAAACCCUCUGCGAUUUAUGCAACUACGAAAUCCGGGAAGAACUGCAGGUCGGGAAUAGUGUAGUGCCCACGACGACGAAAACAGUUUCCAUUGAAGUGAAAGACUACCACCAGUUUGAGUACUCGUUUUGGCAAACCGUUUUGAUCCGAACGGAUGAGAAUGGCUAUGUUCUCCCGGGGGAAAAUGCGACGAGUGCUACGACGACUGCCUCGCUUGUUUCAAACAGCUAUUUAGAAAUCGCGGGGUACUUUUUCAAAUCAGCUUUGUCAACCGACGCUGCUAUUGAGAGGAAAAAUCCCCCCUCCCCAUAUCGAGACGAAGUUUCUGAUGCUGGAUUUCCAUUCACGCAUCAGAUUUGUCUUGCAGUAGAGGAGUGCAGGCAUAUGUCACGCCUCAGGCGAGAGGUUUUGACAUAGGCGCCUAGCAUGACAAACGUGUAUGCUCUAAGCCAAACAGCAUCACAAACCGCCUGCAAAAUGCGGAACGCUUUCUGGACUUGCCUUCUUGCAAGACAGACAGGAUUUGAGGUCGCAAAUGCGCAUCACAAAUUUUCAGACGGAUACGUUUUCGAUAUGCGGAGGGGGGAUUUUUCCUUACGAUAGCUGCGGUUUCAUCUUCGGGUAGUGCAAUUUCCUUCGACCUCACUCUCGCAGACCAAAUCACCAGCCCGACGAGGACGCAGAUUGCGCAGAUCAUCGCGAAUAAUGCGGCUGUAGUAACUACUUCAACCAAUUCCGCGACCACUUACUGGACGGGGACAAUUCAAGUCACUAGUCGUGACCCGGUUUUGAAGACGCAAAGGGAUUCCCCAGCAACCGGCACAACCAUAACGGACAUCAAGUCGAAAUCCAGUUGUCCGCCGAAGGAUUUGUGUCUGUGCAGAAAUAAUCUCGUGGAGACGAUCCAGAGUAAAAUUUUUCAGCAGUGUCCGGUUGAGAAUUCGUUUGUAGACAACUGGCAUCGGACCGUCGCGGGAGGGUUGCACUGUUUGAUGGGAGAUCAGCUGUUGUACCAGCAACGGGCGCUGGUGACGAAUUCGACGGGGGUAGUGAGUUCUGGUACGAGUACUGGGUCGGUUUUGACCACACCAAGUACAAGUCUACGGGAUAAAAUCCGGUCCGCUUUGGUUGCGGAGGUGGUGGCUGCUGGGGGAGGGACGUGAGGGUGGGGAAGUUUGGUUGGGUUCGGUACUAGUGGUCUGUUGUGGUUUUACCGAUAGGCGACCGAAUCCUCUGCCAAACGCAAUGACAGAGAGAGGCAUGAUCGUUAGAAGUUGUGGCACAGAAAAAACUGUGAGUAUCAGAAUCUCAAAGAAUGAC